AUGGUUCAACAGUUCUGGCAACAGGAGGAAAUACCCAACGCUCCUCCUACCUUGACAUCCGACGAGCAAAUUUGUGAGAACACAUACGCCACCGGACACUCACGAACGCCCGAAGGUCGCUACAUCGUGCGACUACCAACGUCAUCAAGAACAAUGGACUUGUCGGACACCCAGAGAGCAGCCGAAAGAAGUCUCAAUUACACCUUCAAACGCUUUAGACACAACAAGGGGCUUGAGCAACAUUACGACGAGUUCAUGUCCACCUACGAAGCCAUGAAACACAUGGAAGUGGCCGAACGACCCAAGCCAACUAGCAACGUCUGCUACCUUCCUCAUCACGGAGUGUGGCGAGAGUCCAGCACCACUACACCACUUCGAGUAGUAUUCAACGGAUCCUGCCUCACUCACCAAGGAAUCUCUCUCAACCAUUUCCUGUUAAAGGGGGAGAAUUUGCUGCCAGCUCUAUCUGACGUCCUGCUCAGAUGGAGAACCCAUCGCUUCGUCAUCGCUGCUGACAUCGAGAAGAUGUACAGGCCGAUUCUCGUACAUCUAGACGACAGAGACCUUCAAAGAAUACUGUGGAAAACCGAGCAAGAUCAAGACCCACGCGAAUACCGACUCAACACCGUGACAUACGGUCUCGCUUGUGCUCCCUUCCUAGCCAUCAGGACCAUCCGACAGCCGGCUCAUGAUGAGCAGGCAAAUUUUCCACUUGGAGCAUCUACUCUGCAACGAGACAUCUACAUUGAUGACAUCCUCACUGGGGCAGACAAUCAAACGCAACUCCUCAGUCUUCAAAAGGAACUUCGGGAGAUAUGCAUGGUGGGCGGAUUCCCACUUAAGAAAUGGAUGUCAAACAACUCCACUCUGCUCGCACACAUUCCAGAGUCAGAUCGUUUAGUAAAAGGCAACAUUUCGUGGUCUCCAACAGAGGAAACUCACUCCACACUCGGGCUUCAAUGGAGCCAGCUAUCGGACACCUUCCUAUUCACCGUUCGACCUACCACCACCAAAGCUAAUACGAAGCGAUCAAUUCUAUUACAGGCAGCUCAACUCUUCGAUCCAUUAGGAUGGCUCACACUCGUAACAACUCGAGCAAAGAUCACCAUCCAGUUAACACGGUUGAUUAACGCCAAGUGGGACGAUCCUCUUCCUCAACACAUCUUACAAGACUGGAGGGAGUUUCACAGUCAAUGGACAACUUCCGUCUCACCGGAUUGA